UGCGCGAUGACUCUCGAGUGGAAUACCUGACACUUCUUUCGAUCGAGAUGGUAGAGCCUACAUCCUUGCAAUGACUCCCGGGGAUCCUAACGUAUCCUCCAAACUUGCCGCCCCAACGAAGAAAUCUAUCUUCGAGCGUCAGAAAGCCGACGCGGAAGCCAAAAAGGCUCGAGAAAAGGCCGAGACCGCUGCUGCGCUCGAGGACUUUGUUAAGAGCUUUGACGACGAUGGAGGCUCGAACAGCUUCCCUGCGAAACGCAGUGGCUUCGUAGGAGGUGGUACUGCUAGCAACAGCAGUUUCGGGCCUGCGCCUGGAAAGAGACAUUUCACAAGUUCAGGCUUAAAGAGUGGCCCUGGCAGCCUAGGGCCGAGUCCUUCGCUAGGGAGAAAUGGGCCAGGCAGUCUAGGACCAUCGUCGAGCUUUGCGAAGAAGCGAGAGUACGAUGACUUUGCGGGCGCACGCGACCGCGACCGUGACAGAGAUCGCAGAGACAGAGUGCUCUCCUACAGCGAAGAGAGGGACCGAGUCCACAAGCGGGACACAGGCGCAUUUGCUACUGAAGAAGAGGAAGGCAAGGAUACCGACGAGCUGAAAGCAGCGGCCAAACCAACAUUACAUCUCUCGUCUCUACCACCGGGUACAUCUGCUGCGAUCAUCAAGGGUCUAUUCGCGCCGUCUCCAUUAACCGUCGACAAUGUCCGCCUGCUGCCCACGGCCCCUGGAACAAGUGAUCGAAAAUCCAUAUCAGCAAUUGUCACACUUGCCGCCGAAACUCCCGCCGCAGACAUCGACACUGUCGUAUCGCAGCUACAGAACAAAUAUCUAGGUCUCGGCUUCAAUCUCUCCAUAUCCCGUCAUCUCUCCUCCGCCGUCUUGACAGGUUCUGGUCCGGUCAACGUCCCCUCUGCCAAUCUAAAUAACCUCCCAUUUGGUGCUAAACCGGUCAUUCAGCAUACCUCACUCUCACGAGCUCCUCCGCCCGGCCAGGGACCAGGUCGCUUUGCCCCACCUGCAUCAUACACUUCAUCUACGCCAUACGGGCAGAGGUCCAGCCUCCCGCCCACCCAAGUAACGGUCCAGACACCCAAUGAUCUGAAACAGCUGCGGCUCAUUCACAGAACCCUCGAGUCCCUGCUGACAUACGGUCCCGAGUUUGAAGCCUUGUUAAUGUCCCGCCCUGAGAUCCAGCGCGACGAACAAUGGGCAUGGCUCUGGGACUCCCGAUCCACUGGCGCCGUAUACUACCGCUGGCGGCUUUGGGAAAUCCUCACCAGAUCCAAGUCUCGUAGGCGAAACCUCCCAUCCGGCUACGGAAUGCGUCCGCAAGGCGACACCAUCUUCGAAGGACAGAGCAUCUGGACUCCGCCCGAAGACAACCUCAAGUUCGAAUACACGACGAAAAUCGAGGAAUUCAUAAGUGAUGAAGACUACAAUUCUUCUGACGAAGAAGACGCCGAAGAAGGCGGUGGUAUUGCACGACGAUACCGCGAUCACCAAAAGGUGGGCGGAGCACCUCCAGACGCGCCUCCAGAUACCGACGGCGUGGGUUACCUCAACCCCCUUGCGAAGACUAAGCUCGUCCACCUCCUCAGCCGCCUUCCUGAAUCCAACGCCAAACUCCGCAAAGGUGAUGUCGCACGUAUUACCGCUUUCGCCAUUGAACACGCCGGCGCCGGGGCAGAAGAAGUCGCAGCCCUAAUUACGCGCAACGUCACCAGACCGUUCUGCUACAACGUAAACAAACCAAAACCUACAGCCACGCCCGACGAUGACCAGUCAGACCACAACGAGGCAACAAAUACUCCGAACACGAACCCCAAUAACGACAGCGAGAAACCCAACAGCACCGACGUUGGGCCUCAAGACACCACCCCAGCCUCCCUAGUAGGCCUAUACAUAAUAUCCGACAUCCUCUCGUCCUCAGCAUCCGCCGGUGUCCGUCACGCCUGGCGCUACCGCUCGCUCUUCGAAUCCCAACUCCGCAGUCAGACCGUCUUUCCCACCCUAGGCCGCCGCCCACGGGACAUGAAUUGGGGCAAACUCAAAGCCGACAAGUGGCGUCGCAGCGUCCAAACCAUUCUGUCGCUGUGGGAAGGUUGGUGCGUCUUCCCAGGCCCAACGCACGAGUCGUUCGUCGAAGGCUUUCUACACCCGCCGCUCACGGCUGCGGAAGUAGCAGAACAGCAACGACAGGAGCAGGCGGUGCGUGACGCCGAAAAGACCGAGAAAGACAAAGCACCCGUCAGCCGGUGGCGGAGUGUCGACGACGUGCAGACAUUCACGUCCGCGAUCCCCGAGAAAGACGCUGAUGGUGACGUCGAUAUGGAUGGGAUGCCGAUGAAUGAUGAUGAAGAUGACGACGACAGGUAUACUGACGAGAACAUUGAUGGCGUGCCAAUGGUAGAUAGCAGUGAUGAAGAAGGGGACCAACCAGCGUCGGACCCCCCGCCUGGUGAAUCUGAAAGGCCCGCUCUUACUGAUGCGCAGGGCCAAACGAGUGCUUUAGAGGCUCCGCAUCAAGCAAUCGUCGAAAAGGGCGCCGCAGCCCCCACAUCGCAGCCUACUCCUCCAGUUCCUCAGGGGCGCAAAGCCCGCCCUAGGGCGGCGGACUUUGACGACAUGUUUGAGUGAAUUGGAUGGGAGUUGCGCUUGUAGCAGGUUUGGACAGACGAGGACGGAUUGAUGAAAACUCAUGGAGUGGCACUUCUCACACAUCGAGGCAAUUGAACAAGAAU